UGAAAUUAAUUACUAUUAUAAAGGAUACUUUUAGUACUUUACCAAGUGAAUAUGAAAGAUGGAACUUCGGGCUAUUAUUACAACGGUGGCAAUCCUCCUUGCCGUAACUAGGAGCUCGCAUACUCAAAGCACCAACCGAUGUUUAUACAUGAUAAGUAUACCGAGGGAACCGAAGCCAAAUCUGCCCGAACUUGACUUUACAGGUUUAACCUGGAGUGAGAGGCCGUUCGUACCGGCGCCGGAGCGAGAUGACGUGUGCAUGGACGAGUACUACCCGCUCACCCCCACCAGCGGCACCCAGAUCAUAUUCAUGGAGGAGGAGAUAGAGGGGGACGUCGCCAUCGCCAAGUUAAAUUAUGAAGGGUCAGCGACGCCUGAAGUGGUCAGGCCUCUGGUAGCAGGUUCAUUCGUCAUGUUGGGACCGGAAAUACGAAGAGAGGACGACGGCUGGUAUCUUUACAUAACUAAUAGACAGGACUACGAGACGCCCGGCAUGCAGGUGUACAUGUUCAACGUUCGCAUUGACGGCGAGACGCUCGUGGCGCAGGUGUCGCUGCAGAUAGUCAACAUCGACGACAACGACCCCAUCAUACACGUGCUAGACCCCUGUGUUGUUCCGGAAUUAGACGACAGUACACUAACUAGCUGUAUUUACAACGUAACCGACGAAGACGGUCAGAUCAGUACCAUAGCAAUGACCUUCGAGAUCGAGAGCACCAGGAAUGACGAUGAGAUAUUCUAUAUGCAAGGAGACUUGAUACCGGGGGAGUGGAAUCGCAUGUACAUGACUGUCGGACUAAAUCAGGCGUUGAACUUCGAAACGAAUGCUCUGCAUAUAUUCCGAGUUACCGCUCUUGAUUCUUUACCAAACACCCACACGGUGACCAUGAUGGUUCAAGUAGAGAAUGUGGAGCAUCGUCCACCGCGUUGGGUAGAGAUCUUUGCCGUCCAACAAUUCGACGAAAAGACAUCACAGACUUUCACUAUCAGGGCUAUUGAUGGUGAUACUGGCAUAGACAAACCUAUUGAAUACUCUUUAAGCAUCGCUGAAGAGGACAGGCAAUAUUUUAAUGUGACCACAAUAGAAGGAGGCAGAAGUGGUGCGAUACUACAAGUUCACCCGAUCGAUAGAGACGAACUAGAAAGGGAACUAUUUCAGAUGACCAUUACAGCGUACAAAUAUGACAACGAAGAGCUCGCGACUCAAACAAAUAUUGCAAUUAUUAUUAACGAUAUUAAUGAUCAGAUACCUGAGCCUCUACACGAGGUAUACACAGUAACUAUUGACGAAGAAACACCACAGACUCUGAAUUUUGAACAAGAUUUUGGUUUCCAUGAUAGAGAUUUGGGAUCGCACGCUCAAUACCAGGUACAUCUGGAGAGUGUGUACCCGCCAGGAGCAGCGGCAGCUUUCUUCAUUCAGCCAGAGAUCGGCUACCAACGACAGACGUUCAUAAUGGGUACCACAAAUCAUAGCAUGCUAGAUUUUGAAGUUCCGGAAUUUCAAAAUAUUGAAUUAAAGGUCAUCGCUACGGACUUAAACAAUACAGAUUUUGUGGGAGUUGCAACAGUAUACAUUAAUCUAAGAAAUUGGAAUGACGAACUACCUAUUUUUCAAAAUAGUGUGCACACUGUUACAUUUGAUGAAACUGUUGGCAAAGAUUUCUUCGUUGGAACGAUGUUGGCUGAAGACAGAGACAUAGACGAUAGGGUCGAGCACACACUUAUGGGAAAUGCUCAAGACUAUUUGACCAUUGACAAAACCACCGGAGAUAUAACCGUGUCAAUUGACGAAGCUUUUGAUUACCAUAGACAGAACGAACUUUUGAUUCAGAUUCGAGCUGAUGACACGUUAGGAGAGCCUUACAAUACAGCUACAUCUCAAUUAGUUAUACGUUUGAAUGAUAUAAACAACACUCCACCUACGUUGCGUUUGCCUCGUGGAAGUCCACACGUAGAAGAAAACGUACCAGAGGGCUACCAAAUUAUUCAAGAUAAUCAAGAAAUACAAGCGACUGACCCGGACACGACUGCCGAACUUCAGUUUGAAAUUGUCUGGGAUUCUUCUUACGCAACGAAACAAGGUCGAAAUACAGACCCUGUGGAAUAUCAUAGAUGUAUAGAGAUACAGACAAUAUACCCCGACCCAUCCAACCGUGGCGCGGCUAUAGGUAGAUUAGUCGUGAAAGAGAUAAGGCACAACGUUACUAUAGAUUAUGAGGAGUUCGAGGUCCUUUUCCUUACCGUUAGGGUUGUGGACGUGAACACUGCUAUUGGUCAAGAUUAUGACGAAUUAACGUAUACGAUCACAAUCAUCGACAUGAAUGAUAACCCGCCGAUAUUCAAUUAUGGGACCCUACAGCAGAGCUUCAGGGUGCGUGAGAAUUCCGCAAGUAACACUAUUAUCGGCUCAGUCCAGGCGACAGACAUUGAUGGCCCACUUUACAAUCAAAUCCGUUACACUAUAAUGCCUAGAGAUGAUACACCUGAGGGUCUAAUAAAAAUUGACUUCAACUCUGGACAGAUCGAAGUGGAUGCAAAUGGAGAAAUAGAUGCCGACGACCCACCCCGGUACAACUUGUACUACACGGUCAUUGCCAGCGAUAAAUGCUCGGAACCCAAUCCAGAGGACUGUCCUCCAGACGAAACCUACUGGGAUACUCCAGGAAAUAUAACUAUUGAAAUAAUAGACACGAACAAUAAAGUUCCGUUUGAGAGAACAGACAAAUUCAAUGUGACUGUAUACAUAUACGAGAACGCGACUACUGGAGAUGAGGUUGUGGUUCUCGCUUCGAGCGACCUUGACAGAGAUGAAAUAUAUCACACGGUCUCGUAUCAGAUCAACUACGGUGUGAAUCCCCGUCUGCGGGACUUCUUCUCCGUGAAUCUGGAGACGGGGCUGGUGUACGUCGACUACACCACAGAGGAGGUGCUAGACAGAGACGGCGACGAACCCACACAUCAGCUGUUCUUCAAUCUCAUUGAUAACUUUUAUUCGGAAGGAGACGGCAAUAGAAAUCUCAAUACUUCGGAAGUUCUCGUCGUUCUACUGGACGUCAACGACAACGCGCCAGAGUUACCACCACCAGACGAACUUUCAUGGUCUAUUUCCGAAGGUCUGCUUGCGGAUACAAGAAUUCUUCCUGAGAUCUACGCUCCGGACCGCGACGAGCCAGGCACUGACAAUUGGCUCGUGGGGUACGCCAUACUCAACCUGACCAUCACAAACCGGGACAUCGAAGUGCCCGAACUGUUCAGAAUGAUCCAAAUUCAACCGGGAAAUUCGAUUGAUCCAAACACGGGAGAACUAGAGACUGCGAUGGACUUGAGAGGUUACUGGGGAACUUAUGCCAUUGGUAUUUUUGCUUAUGAUCAUGGUAUUCCUCAAAUGGACUCGAAUGAAAUUUACGAGAUAGUGAUAAGACCGUAUAACUUUCACCAUCCUGUCUUCGUUUUUCCACAAAAUGGAGCUCGGAUCCGUUUAUUCAGAGAGAGGACUGUAGCACUUGGCAGACUAGUGCUAGUGAACGGGGAAUUCCUUGAUCCGGUACAAGCGACUGACGAAGACGGCCUUGAAGCCGGUAUUGUUACAUUUUCCAUUGUCGGAAAUGCGGAGGCCCAAGAGUAUUUUACAAUAGACAACAAUGUGGAAAACGAAGGAAAUCUCAUGUUAAAAGACGUGUUUCCCGAGACCACUAGAGAAUUUUACGUAACUAUCCGAGCUACAGACCACGGCACGGAACCGCAGUCUCUGUCUUCUGAUGUGACUAUUCAUGUAGUGUUCGUCCCUACACAAGGGGAACCAGAGUUCACCACUAACACGGCCAGCGUCGCCUUCGUAGAAAAUGAAGAAGGUCUUACGGAGAGACACCAGUUGCCUCUAGCAUCAGACCCCAAAAACUAUCUCUGUGAGGAUGACUGUCGCGAUAUCUACUACAGUAUCAUUGGUGGCAACGAGGAUGGUUACUUCGCCAUAGACAAAGUCAACAACAUUCUCUAUCUCGCUCGGGAGCUGGACCGCAAUGAGGCGGACACUCACGUUCUGCGCAUCGCCGCCAGCAGCAGCGAGAGCCCCGACGUGACUCUAGCCAGCUCUACGCUCACCGUCACUGUUACAGUCAGAGAAGCAAAUCCUCGGCCAUACUUUGAUCGAGCUCUCUAUACGGCCGGCAUUUCAACGUCGGACAAUAUCAACAGAGAACUUCUUACAGUGCGGGCUACGCACUCCGAAGGCGCUAGAAUCGAGUACACAAUCGACAUGUCGACGAUGGUGGAGGACCCCAGCUUGUCGCACGUGCGGGAGACGGCGUUCGUGUUGGGAGGGGAGAGCGGCAUUCUGACGCUCAACAUACAGCCGACCUCCACCAUGCACGGGAUCUUCCAGUUCGAUGUGGUGGCUACAGACACUGCAAAUCAAAUUGAUAGAACCGAAGUGAAAAUCUAUCUGAUAUCGUCCCAAAACCGCGUGUACUUCACCUUCUACAACCCGGUGGAUCAAGUUAUUGCGGAGGCGGACUUUAUAGCGCAAACGUUCGGUAUCGGUUUCGACAUGACGUGCAACAUCGACCAAGUGGUGCAGGCGAGCGACAGCAACGGCGUCGGCAUCGACGACAUGACGGAGGUCAGGGCACACUUCAUCCAGGACGACUUGCCCGUCGAAACCGAGCGGAUAGAGGACCUCCGCAGUGAUACACAACUUCUGCGCACAGUCCAGCGCACACUGGAGACGCGGCUGCUGGUACUGACAGACUUCGUGACGGGCCAGAGUCCGGUUAUCGGCUCCGACCCCCGCGUCCUCACGGUGUACGUGCUGGCCGGCCUCACCGUGCUGCUGGGCUUCCUCUGCCUAGUGCUGUUCCUCGCCUUGGUAAUCCGGACUAGAAGAAUGAAUAGGCGAUUAGAAGCUCUGUCUAUGACGAAGUACGGUUCCCAGGAAUCCGGGCUGAACCGCGCGGGUCUCGCGGCUCCGGGCACCAACAAGCACGCAGUAGAGGGUUCCAACCCGAUAUGGAAUGAAACGAUCAAAGCGCCAGACUUUGACGCCUUAAGUGAUAUUUCUGAUGACUCGGAUCUAAUAGGCAUUGAAAACCUUCCUCAGUUUAGACUUGACUAUGAUCCUCAAGAAGACAAAUCAGUACAAAACAAACCGGUGGAAGAUCAAAUUGCAGAUCACAGCAAUAACUUUGCAUUCAAUCCAACUCCAUUUUCUCCGCAAUUUGCCAAUUCAGCAUCAAGCCGUAACUAGUGCAAUAAUUAGUGUAGGUUUUUGUAUAUAUUUUAUAUAGUAUUU